AUCUUGAAUCGUUCAGAAGAGCGACAGCAACAUGGCUGCUGUCAACGCCGCGACGCAGCAGACAAGGCGCGCGUACGUCGCUUCCAGUGCGGACGUGUGGGCACUUGGCAUUGCCACCGUGAUUUGCGGCCAGUACUUUGCGUGGAAUGCCGGGCUUGUUGCAGGGCCAGUCAGAUUUGGUUACGGCGUGCUCUUGACCGCCCUGGCGUUCCUGUUUUUGGUCAUGUCGCUCGCAGAAAUCGCGAGUGCGCUGCCGUUUGCUGGCGGCGUCUUUGGCAUGGCGCGCUGCACGCUCGGGUUUUACGUGGCCUUUGUCGUCGGGUGCUGCGAAAUGGUGCAGUAUGUCAUCUAUUCCGGGAUGACGCUGGUCUUGACGACGCAACUUGUCUCGCUACGGUGGCCAUGUGUGGUGGGGUACGAGCCCGUGCCUUGGGUGGCGCUUCAAGCGAUCGUGCUUCUGGGAGUUCGACUGGGGGGUCGGCCAUUUUGGCGCACACUGUUUGGUCUGUCCACGCUUUCGCUGGUCGUCGUGUUCUUCUAUGCCCUUUGCGCUAUGUCGAAUGCUGAUAUGGCCACAUACGGUGGGGGGGGCGAGGUUCCCUCCCAAGAAGGGCUGGCGGCAUUUUUUCAAGCGUUGCCGCAUGCGGUGUGGCUCUUUAGCGGGAUCGAAUCGCUGGCGACACUACCAGCAUAUGUCGAGGACCCGUGCAAGGCCAUUCCAAAGGGUCAACUUGCCAGCAUGGCAACGCUCCUUCUGUCGAGCUGCUGCAUUUAUCUGGCCGCCAUCAGCUUUCCCCCAGGAGCGGCGGCCCUGCCUGGUGCUUUUGCAGUGCUUAGCGGGGGUUUCAGUGUGAGCUUCAACGUGACGGAAGUCAACUCCAACUUGCUUUCGAUCCCCGCCAUUGUGGCCGGCCUCCCAGGUUUUUCCCUCGCAACCAGCAACAUUUUAGCCGCCUUGGCCAGGUCGAACCUCGUCUCGACCAUCGUCAUCCAUCGGUCUGCGCCGAACAAGACUCCGAUGAGAGCGAUCGUGCUCGUGUCCGGCCUCAACAUCGCAACGAGCUGGGCUCUACAGAGCGGUCACUGCACCGUGCUAUACAACCUCGCGAGAGCGCUAGGAUUUGUGGCGUACAUUGCGCAGGGCCUUGGGUUCAUCGCGUGGCGACGGCGGCAUAAUCGUGUCCCUCGUGGGUACAUCAGUCCAGUGGGGAUGGCAGGGGCCACGUACUCGGUCGUGGUCUUCUCGCUCGGCUGCAUCUCAACGCUGUGCUGCCAAGAAGACUCGUUCGAUGCGUUGAUCGCGACGACUGGCCUUGUGGCCGUCCUCACGGCGUACUACCACGGAUACGCGAAGCACCACCAAACGUUCUCGACGGACGAACACAUGCUCUUGUUUUUUGGUCGCAUCGAGUCGGCGACGAGUGUCCACGCAGAAGCGAAAAACAAAGCGUCGCCCAGAUCGCGAUGGAGUCGCGUGCGGUCGCAGCUGCGCCUGUUCCUGCAGCGUCAGGCGGUGGUGAAUCGGCGGCCAACGGUCCCGACGAGGUUUCCCGCCAUCGCCCCAUCGCUGCUCACGCAACGGUCCGAGUCUCGCUGUGCCACCGUCCGCGUGGGCGGCUUGUUGUCCUGACCCCGACGAAUCGGUGUGCUUUGCAUGCCCCCUUUUCCUUGCCAAGAGAACGGAUGCCCCUUGCUUUCUCAAGGCACGUUCGAUGACGCCACGGACUAGCCAUUGAAAGCAGCAGAGACGAGUGUAAUCGUUCGAGUUGUGUGUGUGUAAAUGCAAAUCCGCC